AUGGAUAUUCAUCGUUGUAGAUUUGUUGAUUAUACCCCACAUACAAUCACAUCAUUAGCAUUUUCUCAUAAAUCCUCAUUAACAUCAUUACCAACUGCCGAUGUCCGAUUAGCCGUUGGUAGAAGUAAUGGUGACAUUGAAAUUUGGAAUCCAAGACAUAAUUGGACACACGAAUUGACAUUACCCGGUUCAAAAGGUAGAUCUAUUGAAGGGUUAUGUUGGAGUUAUAAUGAACAAGAUCCAUUAGAACCACCAAGAUUAUUUUCCAUUGGUGGAUCAACAUAUAUUACUGAAUGGGAUUUAUCCACGGGGAGGCCAUUGAUAAAUUAUGAUUGUAAUGCCGGGAUAAUAUGGUGUAUCGAUAUUAAUCCACAAAAUGAUCGAUUAACGGUUGGAUGUGAUGAUGGGUCCGUUGUUAUUGUUGAUAUUUCUGGAGGUAGAGGAUCAUUGGAAUAUGAUUUGAUUUGUCAAAGACAAGAUGCCAGAGUCUUGAGUGUGAAAUGGGCUAAUAAUGAACAUGUUAUUGGUGGAUGUGCUGAUGGUAGAAUUAGAAGUUGGAGUAGUGAAGGCGAAACCAAGGGUAGACUUGUAGCUACUAUGAAAGUUGAUAAGGCUAAAACUGAAAGUACUUUGGUGUGGUCUUUGACAGUAUUACCAAAUAAGAAACAAUUUGUUAGUGGAGAUUCUACCGGAUCUAUAAAAAUUUGGGAUUUGACUCGUUUUACAUUGUUACAAACUUUUAAAAUACAUGAUGCUGAUGUGUUGUGUUUAGUUCAUGAUGUUAAAGAAGAAAAAAUUUUCAGUGCUGGUGUUGAUCGUAAGAUUCAUCAAUUUGAUUUACUCAACAGUAAAAAUAGUUCUAAAUGGACUCAUAGUUUUAAUCGUUUAUUACAUUCUAAUGAUGUCAGAUCUUUGGCUAUAUUUGAAAACAAAAACUAUAAUUUAUUAGUUAGUGGUGGUGUUGAAAGAGCCAUAGUGGUGCAAAAUAUUGAAACUUUUUAUGAUGGUAAAUACAAGAAAUUAUUGAUUAAUCAACAACAAUCUAAUAUUUUGAUUGUUCCGGAUUCAAAAUUAGUGAUUUUAUGGCAAGACCAAACUAUAAAAAUAUGGAAAGUUUUACCUGAUGGUAAACAUGUAUUAAUGAGCAAACUUACUUUAUCUGCUGAUGAAAACAUUACUAGUGUUGAUUUCAAAGACAAUUUAUUGGUAGUUGCCAAAAUGACGUCAGUGAGAUUUUUUGAAUUAACGGAGAUUUCUGAUAAUAAAUUCAAAAUUCAAAAGAUAAGAGAUGAUAAAUUUGAUAGUUUGGUUGAAGGAGCCAAAAUUGUCAAAUUUAUUGAUGCUAAUAAAGUUUUAAUUCUUACCCCUGACGAAGAGUUAUACACAUUUGAUAUUGAUAGUGACGAAGGGAAAAUAGAAUUAAACGGUGAGAUAGAAUUAUUAGAGUCUACACAACAGCAACAACAACAGCAACAACGCAAGAAUCAGCAUUUGUUACGUAUCAACAACUUGGUGCUUACUCCAAAUAAAAAGCAAAUUAUAAUUUCAAGAUUCAAUGGAUCAAUUGAAGUAUAUCCUAUUGUUAAUACAGAAACUGAGGCAUACGUUCUUACAAAAUUAUCAUCUUACCCUCAUUUAAUUGAAUGUGUCAAUGAUGAAAAACUUGUUGUUAUUAAUGAAGAAAACAAAAUAUUUGAAUUUUUCAUUAAUGACAAAGAUGGUCAAUUAUUAACUCCAUGGUCUAAAAGAAAUAGUGAAUUUUUACCAAGACAAUUUAUAUCAUUACAAGAUAAACCCGAAGGAAUGUUUAUUCAACAGAAACAAGAGAAAUUAUGGAUUUAUGGAUCAACAUGGUUAAGUUUUUUCGAUUUAUCAAUGAAUAUUCCAAUAUCUAAAAUUUAUAAGAAUACUUCGACUUCCAAAAAAAGAAAUCAUGAUGGAUUAUCAAUGAAUGAAGAAAUUGGUGAAUUAGAAGAUGAAACUGAAGAAAUUAUAGAAGCCUCAUUAAAACAAAGUGAAAUAGAUAGAUUAAGACAUCAGAUUCAAACUGAAGAUAAAGACAAUCAAAAUAAUGUUGAUAAAACUAAGAAACCAUUUUGGAUUACAGAAAAAUAUAGACCAAUUAUGAAAGUUGCUAAUUUUGGUGGAAAUGAUGAUAUUAUUGUUGUUGAACGUCCAUAUUCUUCUUUACAAACAGGUCCAGCAUUUGAUUUACCAAAAAUUAAAGUUUAA